UCCCCUUCCCUUCUUUCCUCCACACCAAAACAAACACAAAACGUCCCAGCAUAUGUCUCAGAGGCCCACGGUUCCACACUCUUCUUCCAUAGCCUGUGGCCUCCAUUCUCAUCUCCUGGUCUCCAGUGAGAUGAACCCUAAUUCCAAUUGGUCCCAAUAGCUUUAAAUUUCUCUACUUUUUCAUCUCAUUCUUUCAAACUUAAAACCAAUUCAUUACCACUGACUCUAGUUAACCCUUAUUUAUUCCCAUUCCCAUUCUCAUUUUCCCAGACAACAAAAAACAUCAUGGGUGUCAAAGGUUUCGUCGAAGGAGGCAUCGCUUCCAUCAUCGCCGGAUGUUCCACACAUCCACUUGAUCUGAUCAAGGUCCGCAUGCAGCUCCAGGGAGAAAACAACGCUCCCAAACCGAUUCACAAUCUCCGACCCGCACUCGCCUUCCAAACCGGUUCAAACGUCCACGUGGCGACCAUUCCGCAGGCUCGUGUGGGCCCCAUAGCUGUCGGCGUCCGCCUCGUUCAGCAAGAAGGCCUUGCCGCCCUCUUCUCCGGCGUCUCCGCCACCGUCCUCCGCCAGACGCUCUACUCCACCACCCGCAUGGGGCUCUACGACGUCCUCAAGACCAAGUGGACCGACCCCGCCUCCGGCACCAUGCCUCUUGGCCGCAAGAUCGAGGCCGGCCUCAUCGCCGGCGCCAUCGGAGCCGCCGUCGGAAACCCGGCAGACGUUGCCAUGGUUCGAAUGCAGGCCGACGGGCGCCUCCCGCUGGCGGAGCGCCGCAAUUACAAGUCCGUCGUGGACGCCAUCCUGCGUAUGGCGAGGCAAGAGGGAGUUACCAGCCUGUGGAGAGGUUCAUCGCUUACGGUGAACCGCGCCAUGCUCGUGACCGCGUCGCAGCUCGCGUCUUACGACCAGUUCAAAGAGAUGAUUCUCCAGAAGGGCGUGAUGCGCGAUGGGCUUGGGACCCACGUCACGGCGAGCUUCGCCGCAGGGUUCGUGGCGGCGGUGGCGUCAAACCCCGUGGACGUGAUCAAGACGAGGGUGAUGAACAUGAAGGUGGAGCCCGGGUCUCCGCCACCUUACGCCGGCGCGUUGGACUGUGCUCUGAAGACGGUGCGUGCGGAGGGACCCAUGGCUCUCUACAAGGGUUUCGUGCCUACGAUCUCGAGGCAGGGACCCUUCACCGUUGUGCUGUUCGUGACGCUGGAACAGGUUCGCAAGUUGCUUAAGGAUUUUUGAACGGUAGAUCGAUGAAGAUGACGACGAAAAUGCUUCUUUCCUUAUCAAUAAGAUCUGUUUUGUUUUUGUGUUGUGUUGUGAUACUGAUGGUGUAACACUAGAAUGGUAAUUUUGUUUAUCUUUAUCUAUGAAUCAAUGAGAAGUACCUUUAAGUUUUCCAA